CACGAUUUGCAUACUUGUUCCACCUCACAGUCAUCAUAAACAUCGUCAUAAAAUCAUACUUGAAUUACGAUAUCGGCACUUAACUACAAAUAGCAGCAGUGGGUGGUGCCGUUUAGAAAAUGGCGACCAGCUCCACACCCAACUCUAACCCCCCUUCCUCUUCGGGCACUUCCGUCAUGAACCCGCUGAGCAUCAUCCUUGUCAAGAAUGGAAGCAAAGGUGAUCGUCUUUUGUUCCGAUAUCCGUACAAAAUUCCAUUAAGCCAACGUGGGGCUGAUAGCUCGCUCACUCCCGAUGGCAACAAUCUAGCGCCAAGGAGGCGGCGCAAGGUGAGCUGUGACGUCAUCGUUCCACGUCGCCCAGCUCCGACAAGUCUCCACGCCCUGGAUUCCUUGGCCGUGGAGACCUCAUUUGAGUCCUCCUUCCUAAGCCCUCUUCGAGACGGUCGAAGUGCAAGUAUUAAUGCACGACCAAUAAUGCGAAAAACAUCCCGCACCUCACCCGCCGGUCUACUCUUCUCCAAUCUACGCCGAAGCCCGGGAGUAAGCAUGGACAAGUCCGUGGUGUCAAACACGACGAAUGACAUAUUCAUCGAUGAUGAGGAACACAAUCGAAGCGACAUGGACAAGUUUACUCCAGCGGAAGGAGCCAAAAUGUUGAACGAGUUGAGUGAUAAGGAUUUAUCAAACUUGCUCGCCGUGGGGUCAGAUCUUUCGGAAAGAAAGUUUGAGCUCAAGUUGAAUUAUAUACGAUUCGUGGGACAUCCAACGUUGAUGCAACAUCCGAAAUUGUAUAGGAAUAUGGCUCAGCAGGGACUGCAAACAUCCGUGAAACUGUUUCACAUUGUUUUCUGCCUCAACGCCGUGGCUAGUCAUUCCAUUGUCAAAUGUUUUCACGAUUUAAGCAAGCGACUCGGAAUUGCAUUAAGACAUGAGGAAUAUCGAUGCCUCUAUUUGACACAAGAGUUCAAGAAAAUUGUGGCCAUCCACGACGAACUCUGCACUUUAGAACCAGACGAUCAAAAUGAUCCAGAGGGACGUAUCAAACUCAAGAACAGAAUGUUUGAUGAAAUUGUAUCCAAAAGCAAACUUGCGAGGAUGAUCAAAUACAUAUACAACGAUGUUGUUGAGAAAGGGAGGACAUUCAUGAGGGUGAAUGGGUGGAUUCAAAUAAGCUUUUGUCUACCGCAAAAGAUUCACAUUUUAAAAUACAGAGAAGAUCAAUCUACUCCCCUCGUAGAACCAGAAGCUAUUCACAAAUGUCUUGAGGCCAUUCGUCCAUAUCAUGCCAUUCUUUUAUUGGUUGAACCCGAUGAUUUAACUGACACUUUGUUACUCGACGCGUCUUCCACCAUCUCCAGACUCCUUCAAGUCUAUUCUCCUUUGAAGAGUCUGCAAACGCUGGCAGCAGAUGCAGAUCUGACCUUAUCACAAACAGUAGAAAUUGCUUCUCACUUGGUUUAUUGGGCUCAAGCUACGGUUAUUUAUCCCCUUUGCGAGUCAAAUAUCUACGUCGUUUCUCCAGACAUUCCCAUUACCUCCGAAGGACUAGUGAAAGAAUUUACUGAACGCUUUCCGGGAUUGUCUUUGGCACAAACACUAGCCGACUUUUCCUUGCCCAUGCCAUUGGGGGAAAGAAUUAAUCCGGUUCUUGGGGGCAGUUUCUUCCAAGCCCAGCAAGUAUCUCUGGUCAUUUGGAUGCUCAAAUAUCACUUACUCAUCCACCUUUACACAUAUGUCUACCUCACGACGUAUUUUGAUGGCACACUUAUGGAUAGUGGAGAUAGUGGAGUCGACUAUUUAUCCGCUUACACCGGAAACGUUGACGGAACCACCAGCUUAAACAUUAGACCAUUUGAAGUGGACGAGGACGAGGUGACAGCCAGUGACAGCUUUUCGGAAACUGCGCUGGACGAUGUCAACAUUAUCAACAAUGAUCCUUCUGGUAUAGACAAGGACGAUAAACGACCCGAUUCAAUGCCAGCUACUCCAAACACCACGACAUCCGAACACGUCGUCAACACUAAUAUUCCGGUCGGAGAUACGUUUCCCGAGCUGAACGAGGCGGUUAGAAGAGCCGUUAGUUUGGUGAAAGCCCCUCUCACUGUUCAAGACGUUCGCCUGUUUUCCAGACUUUCAAAAUAUUUCACGGGCGACUUUCACCUCGAAGAAAUCAUGUACAGGGAGAAUGUUCGCAGAUCACAACUCAUGCUUUUACUGGACAAGUUUAGAGAUGUACUUAUCACCAUUGAGAAAGAAGAUUCCGAAAUAAACUUUUUCCAACUUUCGUAAUGCGAAA